UCCGACCCGCAGCGCGCGCCGAUCGCGCGACGCGACGCGACGCGAUGCCCGCGGUGACGCUGUACGCGCGCCAGCGCUCGAUCGGGGACGCGCCGACGCACGACGGCGUGGAGAGCGCGCACGUCGCGGCGCUGCUGCUGACGUCGAGCGUCGAACAUCGCGUCGAGCGGUGCGCGACGGCGGCGAGCUCGCCCUCGGGCGCGCUGCCGUGCGUGGAGAUCGAUGGUGACGUCGACGGGGACGCCUCGGGGGCGGGACCGGCGCCGCGGAGCGCGCGAGAGGCGGCGCACAGAUGCGCGACGGCGACGCGGACGCGGACGCGAGACUGCGACGGCGACGCGAGCGCGGAUGAACGCGCGAUGAUCGCGGGAUUGCACGCGCUGGCGCGAGAAAAUUUGAGACUGGCGAGCGAAUACUUUGCGUACGUCGACGCGGUGGGAUACGAGGCGCGAAAGGAGGAAUUGGCGAAGACGCUGCCGUGGCCGCUGAGCGCGUGGACGGCGCGAAGCGCGGCGAAGGAGGCGAAGCGAGAGCUCGAUAGGGCGGGCGUGGACGGCGAACGGGCGUGCGCGAUGGCGGUGGAGGCGUAUGGGGCGUUGAAUAAUCGAUUGGUGAACUCGAACGCGAGGCACGGAGAUGGGUAUUGGUUGUGCGGGGCGAAACCGAGGAGCUGCGACGCGGCGGCGUACGCGCAGUUGAGUUAUCACGCGCGGUCGCCCUCGUGCGGGCCGCUGCGAGCGGAGAUGAAGCGGUAUCCGCGGUUGAUACAGUACGUGAACGAUGUCACGGAACGAUUGGUGGAGAUGGAGAAGACGCUGGUGCAGAACGCGGACGACGUCGAGCCCUCGCGAGGAACGGCGCCGACGGUGGAUCCGAGCGCGUGGGGCGACAGGUACGACUCGAAUCACGCCGAGCGUCGAACGGGAUGGAAACCGCGCACGACCAAGGCGAAGAAAAUGAGCGAGAAAGAUAAGGAUAUGCGCAGGAAGGCGUGGUACUCGGUCGGUUUCGCCGCGGCGUCGGUGAUUUCGUACAUGUUUCUCGGCGGCUUCAUUCAACUCGAUUUCGACGACGAAGACGACGAAGACGAAGAUCACGCGGCGGACGACGUCGACGACGACGAAUGAGUGCGUUCGCUAC